CCGCCGCUUCCGCCGCCGCGGCGGAAGUCCCGCAGCGGGACGGCCUGGAACCCUUCACCCGUUAGCGACCACCGGGACCCUCCGCGGCGCGGCCCAGCCCGAGGGGCUCCCGAUCGCCCGCCUCAGCGCGGGGCUCGGGGGGUUUGAUUAAACAAAACGCUCACCUUGAGCUCCCCGGGGGUUCCCCGCCCGGCUGUGCGGAACCACGAAGCGGGGCCGCGGUAGCGGGGUGUCCGGAGCGCGUCCCGUAUCCCAUCCCGGCGCGUCCCGUCCCGGGCGGUGCCGCCGCAAAGGCGCGGACCGGGCGGCGCGGCGCGGCCGGGCCGCGAUCCGCGCUCUGAUUGGCUGCGGCGGGACCGCGCCGCGCUCUGAUUGGCUGCGGCGGGGCCGCGCCGCGUUCUGAUUGGCCCCGCGCGGAGCCGGGGGCGGUUUGAGCGGCAGCGCCCGGCGCGGCGGCGGCUCCCGGGUCCGGCACGAUGCUGCCCCUGUCCUUGCUGAAGACGGCGCAGAACCACCCCAUGCUGGUGGAGCUGAAGAACGGGGAGACCUACAACGGGCACCUGGUGAGCUGCGACAACUGGAUGAACAUCAACCUGCGGGAGGUSAUCUGCACAUCCCGGGACGGGGAUAAAUUCUGGAGGAUGCCAGAGUGCUACAUCCGCGGCAGCACCAUCAAAUACCUGCGCAUCCCCGACGAAAUCAUCGACAUGGUCAAGGAGGAGGUGGUGUCCAAGGGCAGGGGCCGUGGUGGGAUGCAGCAGCAGAAGCAGCAGAAAGGCCGUGGGGUUGGAGGAGCUGGACGAGGUGUUUUUGGUGGCCGUGGCCGGGGCAUUCCGGGUGGUGGCCGAGGGCAGCAGGAGAAGAAGCCGGGCAGGCAAUCGGCCAAGCAGUGAAACAGCAGCACCAGGGCCGGGGACAUUUGGGUUUUGUCACCUCAGGGUCACCACCUGUCCAAAAAAAAACAUUCCCUUCCCCACCCUUCCAUC